UAAACAAACGUAAGACGAAGACGAUAGUUCUUGAAAAUACUUUCGUUUGAAUCUUUGCGCGGAGAUUUUUAAUUUGUGCCAAAAGAAAUCGUCAGUAUGGGUUGUAACUGGUCGAAAUGUAAGAUUAAACCUGCAGAAGCAGAAGCCGCUCCUCGGUCCUUGCCCAAAACCAGGUUAGCUAGUCGGGCCAAAAAACAAGCUAGGAAGCUUCAGGCCAGGAUUGCCAAGUGUUUGAAGAGAGGAGAGAAGAACGCCAAGAAGGUUGUCGAGUCGGCCCCAUGCAAUGCUAAGGAAACGUCUACAGAUAAAGUAGUUGAGGAUCCGGGCACAGUUCCACACCUUGCUAAGGCUCCGGCUCCAAAUAUGGUAGUAGAUGAUCCGGACACAAUGCCACACAUUGCUGAAGCAAUGAAUCCAGAUAUGGAAGUUGAGGGUCCCAACACAUUGCCACUCAUUGCUGAAGCAAGGAAUCCAGAUAUGGAAGUUGAGGGUCCCAACAUAGUGCCACUCAUUGCUGAAGCAAGGAAUCCAGAUAUGGAAGUUGAGGGUCCCAACACAGUGCCACUCAUUGCUGAAGCAAGGAAUUCAGAUAUGGAAGUUGAGGGUCCCAACAUAGUGCCACUCAUUGCUGAAGCAAGGAAUCCAGAUAUGGAAGUUGAGGGUCCCAACACAGUGCACAAAAUUGCUGAGGCAAGGAAUCCAGAUAUGGAAGUUGAGGGUCCCAACGUAGUGCCACUCAUUGCUGAAGCAAGGAAUCCAGAUAUGGAAGUUGAGGGUCCCAACACAGUGCACAAAAUUGCCGAGGCAAGGAAUCCAGAUAUGGAAGUUGAGGGUCCCAUCAUAGUGCCAAACCUUGCUGAGGCAAGGAAUCCAGAUAUGGACGUUGAAGGUCCGAACACAGUGGCAUACCUUGCUGAGUCAAAAGAUCCAAAUACCGUAGUUGAAGAUUCAAACACAGUCUCACACUCAAAUGAAGUACCGGUUCCGAAUUUUGAAAUUGAAGAUCCAGGCCAAAUUCCAAACCUUGUUGAGGCAACCGAUAUGAAAAUAGUGCUUGAGGACCCAGAUCCAAGAAUGGUGGCUGAAGACACGACAACGGAGCAUUCCAGACGUCUCAGACGAUCCAUAUCCGUCGGCCAGCUUUCCUUCCGUCACAAACGGAAGUCGAUCUUCAAGUCACGGAGUGACAGACUUCUUCUGGAAGAGCGGAUAGCAAGUUUAGGGUACGAGCGGGACCGAGUGCCGGGAGACGGAAACUGCCUGUUUUGGGCGGCCGCCAGGCAGUUGUGUAGAGGACAACCACGGGUCACUACUACUGCGCAGGAGCUGAGACAAGAUCUGGUGAAGUACAUCAAGUCCCAAGCCGACUCCUACAUCCCGUUCCUCGUAGGGGGGGCAAAGGCGUUCUGGAAGCAGUUAGACAAGCUGUCGGCGGAGGGACAAUGGUCCACAGACCUGGCUGAUGCCUUGCCGCAUGCCCUAGCGAACUUCACUUCAAGGAGUGUCAUCCUUAUCACGAGUAAGCCCAAUCAGCCUACUAUUUCUAUCACACCUGACAGCGGCAACGAGUCCGGUACCCCUGUAGUACUGUCAUAUUCCGCCAGGUGGGGCGUAGAGCAUUACGAUGCCGUCAUCCAAAAGAACGAGGAGAGGUCUGAUCCAGAGCACGGAUCAACAGCAAUAUGAAAACAGGACAGAGACGCCGCCUCCCACGAUGAUUAUAUCGCCACUAAACAUGACCGGAGAGCGAAGAUUUCCCUGUACGACCCGGUCACCGCUGUUUUCAGCACAUCACCGUGGUGGCAACUGAGGGGUCCCUGUUAAAGAAAUCGUCCGUGCAGUCCUCUCGACAGGCCACAUGGGUCUACUGACAAGAACAGAUAGGUGGCGCAAAUAGACAGUUCAUCAGUACCGGCUUCGGGAUUGCUGCUGUGGCUAUGGGCGCUUGCCAUUUGGUCCUGUGAGGAUAUCAUUCAGGAAUGGCUGUGAAGUCCCUGUUGCUACGCUACGACUCGGAAAACACUUUCUCUGUGUCACACAGAACAUAUACUCUACAGUGUAAAGUGGCACCACCUGGGUCCCCAAGACUCGACAGUAAAAAGUGGCACCACCUGGGUCCCCAAGACUCGACAGCGUAAAGUGGCACCACCUGGGUCCCCAAGACUCGACAGUGUAAAGUGGCACCACCUGAGUACCCAAGACUCGACAGUGUAAAGUGGCACCACCUGGGUCCCCAAGACUCGACAGCGUAAAGUGGCACCACCUGGGUCCCCAAGACUCUACAGUUGUAAAGUGGCACCACCUGGGUCCCCAAGACUCGACAGUGUAAAGUGGCACCACCUGGGUCCCCAAGACUCGACAGUGUAAAGUGGCACCACCUGGGUCCCCAAGACUCGACAGUGUAAAGUGGCACCACCUGGGUCCCCAAGACUCGACAGU